GUGCAUAAAAAAAUUCCUCGUGUCAUUUCAAAGACAAUUUUUGCAGCUAAAAAUUCUUGACUCCAGUUUCUAGUUCCUACCUAGGUUUUCACCAGGGUCUAGACUCUGCUCCCAAACUCCUAGACCCAUGUCCUUUCGAUGAUCAAGUGAGUGCUUGUCAAAAUGUCAUAGAUACAAUGUCUUUGUUUCCAGGUCAUGAUGGCCACUACGGAGCUAGAAACCUGCAGGUCGAAGCAUCAACGAGAUAUCUCCGAGUUACGAGACCAACUACAUCGUGCUAACAUAGCAAGUGACCGAGAUCAGGCGCUUAGGGAGAAGGUUUUCAAUGAAGCAAAGGCUGAAGUUAUAUCGUUGAAUAAAAAGCUUGAGGAGAAAACACGCCGAGUCCGUGAACUAGAGCAGGCCAGUCAACUGUGGGAAAAGCGAAUCACCGACCUUGAAACACAGAAAAUGGCGAUGGCUAUGAAAGUACAAGAAGCACGUGACUCGUUAGACGAACAUGUAGCAAGACUAAGCAAACAGCUCCAGCACUCUGAGAUGAGAAACACACGCUCUGACACUCUGGUACAGGAAUUAUACAUAGAAAAUGCUAAGCUUACGAAAGCGCUWCAGCAGACAGAAGCGAAUGAGAAGAAGGCAGAGAAGAAUUUGAGGCAAUUAAUGGAGCAGAAACGUGCUUUGCAGCGAGUCAUAUCGAAACUUUGCGGCGCGAACGCCAUCGCGUAAAAACAACUCGUUAUCUUGACAUGCUAAAAAACAUAAACUACAUACAUUCCGCUCACGGAAAAACACUUUUAGGAUUUUAUAUAAAAGAACUAGGUAAUUUUAAAGUUGAUCGCCAACAUGUGUGCGUUGUUUUUGUUACAAAACAUACUAAGAUAGCAAUUUCCCUUUCAAUAUUCAUUUUCAUUUCAAUUUCCCUUUCACUUCUCAUUUUUCGUUCAUUCAUUCAUUUCACAGUUGUUUCUAUUUGUAAUGUUUGGAAGCAUGUCAAGUUACUUAUAGUACAAUAUAUUUAUCUUGAAAUUAGUUAGCGACUUAAGAUAUAUUUAUGGAUAGUCUCAUUUGAAACUCGCUUUCCAUGCACACGGUUAGAAAUCAUUUUACUUCUUCAUGAAGGAGUAUAUCUUUCAAAGACAAUCUCAGGCCGUUGUGUAUAUAAUUCGGCCUUGUCUAUCUACAUUCAAUUCCCAUUUGCAACUCGUCAUUCGCAAAGGGUUAAAAUAUAAGUUGAUUUGUUCGCGUUUUACUAUCAAUCAUUCUCACAUUUUGAUAGGCCUCAAUGAAUUCCUUGUAAAAUAUUAUGAUUAUUGUACAAUUUGCUACAGAAAAAUUCUAUUUUGUAUUUUUCUACCCCUUUUAUCGUCCUUAGAAUUUUAUCUCGUUUAUACAGGUUACAAUUGUAAAUAUCACUACAAAUAUAUUAUAUCGAAAAAUUCAAUUAAUGGAGGAAAAUAAGGACAUUUUGCACUGCAUAUAAGACYGAGGCUGCGUGUGCACGUAUCCGCCUGUUAUCCUUCAUGAUUUUGCAAGGUUUCUUGUGAUUGGAGGAAUAAAACAAUGCUCAUUGUUUCCUYGUUCUUAAAUYCWAUUGUUUYCUUUUGUUCAACAAAUAGCUAGUCAACCAAUCGGAUAAGAUCUUGCAAAACCGCGAAGGGAUACCCGUAUUCGGGCAUUAUUUUUAAUCGUAUUGUAUGCCUUAACGAAAACGGUUGUUUCCGAAACGAAAAAAUUGUGCAGUUUCGGAAAUAUGCGGAUAUCUGUAAACGCAGCCUGAGGAAAGCUAUACAAUUUUCAAUAAUGUUAUAAAUGUAGGUGUUUUUCAACAUAGAAUGCCUAAGUUCCUAUUUCUGGUCAAAUCAAAUAUUCCUAACAACUAAUUAAAUUCUCUCGAGUCUUUGCGUUUUGUUCGGCCAUACUGCUGUGAACUUCCACUAAAGCAAACAGCACUAGUUUGGUUUAUAGAUACACUUUUUGUUUACGUUAUACCGUGCAAUUAAUCGUUAAGAUAUAUAUACAAAUAGUAUUAAAGUUUUUUAUCAGUUGUA